AUGUUCCGUAUGGCCACCUCGACCGUGGCGUCGCAGGGCUGUAGCGCGACCGUUCCCUCGACCUUGCCUACUUUCCCCAAGAAUAUAUUCUCACUGAUCAUCGGAAUCAGUGUGUAUGCGGCCCACGAUAUUCCGGAUCUCACCGGAUCUAGAGCCGAUGUCGAAUCGAUGGAGAAAUUCUUGCGCGAUAGUAACGUCAGUCCUGAGCACCUUAUAAUUUUACGAGACGAGGAUGCAACCCGUCACCACAUCGUCCACGAGCUGAAAUCGGUAGCCAAAAAUGAAAAAAUCGACAAGGGAGAUCCAAUCCUCAUCUACUUUUCUGGCCAUGGCAUGCAGGCUUUACCGAAUUCACGGAACUUCCAUCCAAUGAGAAACCCAGAGUCUAGGAUCCAAAUACUCUGCCCUUACGAUUUUUCUAAAGCUGACCCCAGAGGAAUUCCAACCGCUUGUUUGGCUGCUCAUCUCAAUAGGAUCUCCGAGGCUAAAGGUAACAAUAUCACGGUCAUUCUAGACUGCGGUUACCGCGGCGGGGGAACACGACUGGUCGGCACAACGUUACUACGUGGUUUGGCCCCGGACUACUGUGACCAUCCUUAUCCUCCUAUCUCCCCCGAGCCAGGGGAACCUUCCGUGGAUAUGACACAGCUUUACCUGUCCGAUCUCCACUCCCAUGUCCUGCUCGCGGCUUGCGAUCCUAGGGGAUUCUGUUACGAAGAUAAGACAGGUGGUUACUUUACAAACGCUCUACUCCACCAUCUUCGGACUUCCGCUCAGAAGAGAAUCACAUACAGGGGACUCAUCAGUCUUCUCGGUCCCUUCGACUACAGACAGACUCCGCAAUGUGUGGGUUUUCAUCAAGAUAGACAUAUCUUUAUGACCACGAGUCACAUCCCGGAGCAAGAAUUCCAGAAGCUCUCGAGAAUUGAUGCCUACCAUGUUGAUCUUGGCACCCAUUUCGGCCUGACCAAGGGCUCUACAUACGACGUCCAUACUCAUGACGGUCGUCACGGAUGGCCCUUUUUGGGGGAAUUCAUUAUCAUCGCUGCAACCAAUUCUACUGCCGAGCUCAUCCCCUGUGGUAAAAUAUACCAGACCGACCUUCACCGUCCAUCGACCGGCCUUCCUUCAGUUGCUUAUGCAUUGCGUCCCGGUAACAGGUCCGAAACUUCUCAGCACUCACAGAACGACUUUUACGUGCUCACAAAGAUCAACGCCUAUCGCCUGCCUGUUUACGAAACAUGUGAGGUUACAGAGGGCUCAGUAUUCCGUGUCCUCGACGAGGAAAAUUGCCCGCUAGGAGACUUCACCGUCCAGUCGGUCACAAACCCUACCGGCUAUACCAUUCUCGUCCCCUCUCCGCUCAAUACUCUCGAUGCUCCACAGACGGCUUACGGGGUACUCAAAAAAUUGGGACCAGAGAAGAAGUUCGAGAUCGUUAUCCCAACUGAGCUCUCACACAUUUCUGACGCCGUCAAGCACCUUCUAUUUGGAAAGUUCAAAGACAUCCCCGUCAAAGUCUAUCCCAGAGCCAGAGCCAAUCAUAGUCUCACGCUGGUCGAGGACAGGAAUGGCGCAGUUGCCUUCGAAAUCCGCGACAAGCUAUGCCGUGACAACAGGUUGACGCAGUUGCGUGACACGGUGACCUACGAGUCCACGGCUCGGCAUACACCCUUCGCCCGCAUCAUCGCUAUUCUAUCUAGCGCUGCAGACUUUUACUUGCACCUUCAUCGCUCUCCCAAGGUCCAUCUUUUUAUGGGGCUGAUGAACGACCUUCUGGAGUGCUACGAGUGUAAGGGAGAUCGCGAAGAUAAGAAGUUGGUCAUGGAGCAGAAUCAUCUUGAGUUGAAUGACGAUGAAGACGACACGACCUUUGUAUUCGCAGUUCUGAAUAAGACGGACAUGCCCCUCUAUGUCGCCUUAUUUUACUUCGACAUGGAGGAUCUUAGCAUCAGUUCCUACUACGAGCCGGGAUCUUCUAAGGACGACCGUUCCAAGUAUUCUGUACCCGCUCAUGAUCAACUUAGGAUCGAAUAUGGAUCAGACGGUGGGGAAAUACGACUAUGCCGCCUACGUCAGAAGCGAGACGUCAACGUAGGGUAUCUGAAGCUCUACGUGUCUACGAAAUGGAUGAAUUAUUCAAACAUUAAGCAAUGCUCGCCAUUCGAUGGAAUAAUCCACGUGCCUAAAGGUUACGAGCCCCGACUCUCGCCAUGGGACUCGCUUUGCAUUCCCGUAAUUCGUAAAAGGGGACAAAUGUCAACGGCCUGA